UCGAGAUUUCAUAACAAAUUUUAUGGACUGGGGAGUUCCCAGAUUUUACUACACUCAUCGUCAUCACAGAUGUGAAGCUACAGACACGGGACGUCGUCCACAGAUUUAGUUCUUUGGAGAAACUUGAAUAAUCAAACUCUUCGACCCAAACUGUAAAUCUUUAAAUCUCUCCAAAAACUGAGCAAAAAUCAGAUUUCCCAAUCUCAGCUCAGCUCUGCUCUGCUCCGCUCCUGAAAUCACUGUUAACACUACAGGGUCCUGCUUUCCUUACUUCUCGUGAAUAAUGAGCACAAACCUAUUCACCAGGUGUUGGUUUCCGUUGCGAGAUUACAAGUCUCCUCAGUUUCUACAUUCUGAACAGAUUUUGCGACCUCUCCACACAGAUGCUCAGUCUUCUCCAGGGAAGAAGAUUUCAAGUCCAAAAGCUACUGUAGUUUCAAAAGGAAAUGGCUUUGUUGAUGAAGAUACGGACAAACUGUCUUCUUUUUUCACUAGACGAUCAGCUAUGGUUUCUGGGGUUUCUUUAGUUUCUGCUGCAGUUUUGACUUUUCCUGGAUAUGGGUUAGCUGAAGUGAAACAAGGCCUUCUAGCGGGGAGGAUCCCUGGUCUAUCUGAGCCAGAUGAGAAAGGUUGGAGGACAUACCGCAGACCAGAUGAGAAGUCUGGAGGCCAUGGUGUUGGGUGGAGUCCAAUUAUCCCAUACUCAUUUUCAGUUCCUCAAGAUUGGGGAGAGGUUCCAGUUUCAAUUGCAGAUCUUGGUGGGACAGAGAUUGAUUUGAGAUUUGCAAGCUCCAAGGAAGGGCGUUUAUUUGUCAUCGUUGCUCCUGUUCUCAGAUUUGCCGACAAUCUUGGUGAAGAUGCAACAAUUGAAAAGAUUGGACCACCUGAUAAAGUGAUAAAUGCAUUUGGACCAGAAGUGAUCGGGGAGAAUGUAGAGGGAAAGGUUUUAAACAUGGAAGUGGAACAACAUUCUGGGAGGACAUACUACCAAUUCGAGUUGGAGCCACCCCACGCUCUUAUCACUGCUACUGCAGCUGGCAAUCGGCUCUACCUGUUCAAUGUAACUGCAAAUGGUCUUCAAUGGAAGAGGCAUUAUCAGGACUUGAAACGGAUUGCAGACUCCUUUCGUGUCGUCUAACACUGCAUAUUUAGACAUUGGACAAUUCCUUUGAAUUGAGAAUGCUUGAACAUACUAGUUUUUUUAAACUAGGAAAAUUAUAGGAAUCAGUGUAUGUAAUUUGUAUUGCAAGAAUACAUUUCUGAUAUUGUAUCCGGAUCAGCCUUUUCAGGAAAAGCUUUCUACAGGGGAAGCAUUUUAUACCCCUUGGAAUAGUUUCA